CAUGCAACGGGUGAUGUCCGAGGAAAGAUGGCGGAAGGAGGAGCGGCAGACCUGGAUACCCAGAGAGGAGAGGUCGCGGCGCUGCUGAAAACACAGCUGAGAAAGGGAGACACCUGGUACCUGGUGGACAGUCACUGGUUCAAACAGUGGAAGAAAUAUGUGGGAUAUGACAGCUGGGACAAAUACCAGAUGGGGGACCAGAAUGUCUACCCAGGACCAGUUGAUAACUCUGGUCUUCUCAGAGAUGGGGAUGUGCUGGCCAUCAAGGAGCACCUCAUCGAUGAGCUUGACUACAUCCUGGUCCCCACAGAAGGCUGGAAUAAGCUUGUCAGCUGGUAUGGAUUGACAGACAAUCAGGAGCCAAUUGCACGGAAGGUGGUAGAACAGGGUAUGUUUGUGAAGCACUGCAAGGUUGAGGUGUACCUGACGGAGCUGAAGCUCUGUGAAGACAGCAACAUGGACAAUGUGAUCACCAGACGCUUCAGUAAAGCAGACACAAUAGACGUGAUAGAGAAGGAUAUGAGGAAACUGUUCAGCAUCCCUGAUGAGAAGGAGACCAGGCUGUGGAACAGGUACAUGAGCAACACCUUUGAGCCUCUCAACAAACCCGACAGCACCAUUCAAGAUGCCGGCCUCUACCAAGGACAGGUUCUCGUAAUAGAGCAGAAGACUGAGGACGGCACAUGGCCCCGAGGCUCCACGGCACCCAAGUCAUCUGGUGCUUCCAAUCUCUCUGCUUUGCCAAAGAUCUCGCCUUCAUCUCUCACAAACAAUCAUAACAGCAGCUUCAACAGCAGGAAUGUGAAGAAUUCAAGCUAUAGUCUACCGUCCUACCACCCCUACAGCAACAGCUAUGACUACUCAGACCAGAGCAGGCAGAGUGAGCGCUCGGGCCUCUGUGGACUCUCCAACCUGGGCAACACCUGCUUCAUGAACUCUGCUGUGCAGUGUUUAAGCAAUAUCCCUCCUCUGACGGAGUACUUCCUCAAAGACAAGUUCACAGAAGAGCUAAAUGAGGAUAACCCGCUGGGCAUGAAGGGGGAGAUUGCCAAAGCCUAUGCUGAGAUGAUCAAGCAGCUGUGGUCGGGCAAAUACAGCUACGUCACCCCAAGGCCUUUCAAGACCCAGGUGGGCCACUUUGCCCCUCAGUUCUCGGGUUACCAACAGCAGGACUCUCAUGAGCUGCUGGCCUUUCUCCUGGACGGCCUUCACGAAGACUUGAACCGAAUCAGGAAGAAGCCCUACAUCCAGCUGAAGGAUGCUAACGGCAGGCCUGACAAGGUGGUGGCGGAGGAGGCGUGGGAGAACCACAUUAAGAGAAACGACUCCAUCAUUGUGGACAUCUUCCACGGCCUCUUCAAGUCCACUUUGGUGUGUCCGGUGUGCUCCAAGGUCUCUGUGACCUUUGAUCCCUUCUGCUACUUAACCCUGCCCCUGCCCAUGAAGAAGGAGCGAACACUGGAGGUCUACCUGGUUAGACUGGACCCUCUGGCCAAACCCACACAGUACAAGCUGACCGUGCCGAAGGUGGGCUACAUCUCUGACCUGUGUACCUCCCUCUCCAACCUGUCUGGGGUGCCUGCUGAGAAGAUGAUUGUAACUGACAUCUACAACCACCGCUUCCAUCGGAUCUUCGCCACCAACGAGAACCUCAGCAGCAUCAUGGAGAGAGAUGAUAUCUAUGUAUUCGAGUUGGCGGUGAACAGGGUGGAGGACGCAGACCAUGUGGUGAUCCCGGUGCACCUGAGGGAGAAGUACAAACAGUCGGGCUACAACCACACCAGCACGCCGCUGUUCGGACAGCCCUUCCUCCUCGCCGUCCCCAGAACCCUCAGUGAAGACAAACUCUACAACAUGCUGCUCCUGCGCCUCUGCCGGUUUGUGCGAUCUUCAGUAGAGGAGGAUGAAGAGGAUUGUGAAGAGACACAGCCAUCCAAACAACACGCUGUCAAUGGUAACGGCACUAAUGGACUGCUGGAGGAGGGGUCGCCGAGCGAGAUGGAGACCGAUGAGCAGGAUGACGAGUCCAGUCAGGAUCAGGAGCUGCCCUCUGAGAACGAAAACAGCCAGUCAGAGGACUCAGUGGACAACGAACUGGAGAACGGUGUGGUUGGUCCACAGAACUCCACCAAAGGCCAGCAGACACCAGGGCACAACAGGAAGAGACUUUUUACAUUCCAGUUCAAUAACAUGGGAAAAACCGACUUCUCCCUCAUCAAGGAGGACACCAGGCAGAUCCGCUUUGACGACGGACACCUCCGACUCAGUGACCGCUCUUAUCUCUCCUUGGACUGGGAACCAGAGAUGAAGAAGAAGUACUUUGACGAGACCGUUGUCGAGGACUUUGAAAAGCAUGAGAGCAUGGAGUACAAGCCUCAGAAGAAGGCCUUCUUCAAGCUGAAGGACUGCAUUGAACUUUUUACCACAAAGGAAAAACUGGGAGCAGAGGACCCAUGGUACUGUCCAAACUGUAAGCAGCACCAACAGGCCACGAAGAAGCUGGACCUGUGGUCUCUGCCGCCGGUUCUGGUGGUCCACCUGAAACGCUUCUCCUACAGUCGGUACAUGAGGGAUAAACUGGACUCCCUUGUUGAUUUUCCACUCAGAGACCUGGACAUGUCUGAGUUCCUGAUCAACCCCAACGCUGGGCCCUGUCGCUACGACCUCAUUGCCGUGUCCAACCACUAUGGCGGGAUGGGUGGAGGCCACUACACGGCUUACGCCAAGAACAAAGACGACGGGAAGUGGUACAACUUUGAUGACAGCAGCGCUUCUCCCGCCAACGAAGAUCAAAUAGUGUCCAAAGCCGGCUACGUGCUGUUCUACCAGCGGCAGGACACGGUGAAAGGCACCGGCUACUUCGCUCUCGACCGUGAGGAAGAGGAGGAGGAGGAGGAGGAGGAAGGAGCGGAUGAGGAGAACGAAGGCGAGGAGAGGCAGGGGAGAACGACCCCCUCGUCCACUAAAGGUGCCUCCUCAGCCGCCGCUUCAGCUGCCACCGCCGCCGCCACUCAGAGCGACGAGGAGGACCUGAACGAGAACCGGCGCAGGAAGAACGACAACGAGCAGGGAAAUCAGGAGGAGGAGGAGGAGGAGGAGGAGGAAGAAGAAGAGAACGAAGAGGAGGAAGAGCAGCAGGCGCCCAAUCGAGAUGUCGCCAUGAAAACCAACUGAGGCAAAACGAGGACACAAAAAAUGGGGAGAGAGAGAGAGAGAGAGAGAGACAAGGAUCUUUCCAUCCAAAGCCAUAUGGACACACAGCAUGGCAGCGGGCGCCACCAGUCCCACCCAGCGGCUCGGACUCGGCCCCUCGACAGGCCGAGCCACCGCACGGGGAGGGGGGGGUAACGGCUGUCAGGUGGAGGAGCUGCCGCAGUACGCAAACUCUAAGAAAUCAGGGCCCUCCUCUGUGGUUGGAUCACUGUUGUGUGUGUGUGUGUGUGUGUGUGUGUGUGUGUGUGUGUGUGUGUAAAGUGUGAGUGUGUCGCCCACGUCCAUUCAUUUAGGAUUUGCUCACCCGCUCUCUGAGAAGAGUCACUGAACGACAUUGGGGGACGGAUUCAGAGGCUUCGCAGUACCACGGUGUAGCGCUCUUAAUCACCCCCCCCCCCCCUCUUUGCCUUUUGUGUUCCUUUUUUUUUUUUUUUUUUUAUAUAUAUAUAUUUUUGAGAGCAAUGCAUUAUUGGCAUAUCAUUUUAUUAUCAUUUAGACUAUGUAAAUAUUUUAAACACUGAAUUAUAUCGGGGUUUUUCAUGAUGCGCUGAAACAUUUUGAACUUGCACAAUCACCAACCAUCCACCUUUUUUUUUUUUUUUUUUUUUUUUUUUUUUUAUGUAUUAUUGCCAGACAUACUGCAAUUGUGUAACAAUAACGUUGUCUCUCAGAGGGUUUUCUCAUGUAACAAGCUUAGGCAGCUGCCUUUAGUAAGCCAGCAGGGAGACGCUUGUACAGUCUAGACUUCAUGUAGAGAAGCUAUGCUCAUUGCUGGUUUUUAUAAAGUGUCGAAUAGCCAAACUGUCUUAGCUUCGUGCUGCUGCUGCUGCUGCUGCUACUGCUGUGAUCUUGCAUUUUUUUAGACAAAUUAUUAGUGUAUCGGCAUGAACUUUAGCGAUUUAAGGUCCUGCUUUUGCUGUCCCUCUCUGGUCUCCUCUGGCGAUCAUUUAUAUUUCUUGAAACCCAAAAAAUAAAGGAGGAUUUAGAAGUUAUCCAGCUAACUUUGCAAAAAUAGCUAAACAGAUUCUAUAUGCACAAUUUAUCUGCAAAAAUGAAUAAGUAAAACAUGUUUCACUCUGUCUUAAUAAACUCAACAUAAUUUGCAGGGAUUGCAACAAAUAUCUGUUUAAAGUUAGCUGGCCGACUCUUAAAUCCUACUCCACAAAUCUCCUCAUCAACUCUCCCUCUUUAAGUUAUUCACAGGUGGUUCUUUACCCAUCUCUCUCUCUCUCUCUCUCUCUCUCCUCUUCAUAUUCGAGGCACUGUGAGAUUAGGAACAUGGGUGACUUCGCUGACAUCGGAUGGAUCAUCUCUUGUUUUCGGAUCACCUCGGCCUUAACUCUUAAUCUCGGACAGGUCGCCUUUUCUUUGCACAUUACUUAUCACACCCUCUUUUCUGGCACGGCCCCUACACGCAACAACGCCCGUGCACGAAUGUCCGCCUCAUCUGUCUGCUCAUUACAUCGCAGCCACGUCAUCUCACCACAAGAGGGCCAGAAUGUAUGCUGAAUGGUGUGAACACUGACCGGAUGUAUGUGGUCAAAGCCUGUUUGUAUUCUUUACAGGGCCAGUUUUUUUUUUUUUUUUUAUUCCCAUGGCUCCCUUUCUUGGUUUGGUUGAAUGUGACAGUAAAGGGUUGUCCGCCUUUGAUGUUCGCUGUAUGAAUUCAUGGGUACUGCUGAAUGCGUCCCUUUCCCGAAAAGGGGGGAAGAGACUCGUCUUUGUGGUCCUGAGCUUUUAGGGACAGAGGGAGGGGGACAAAACUGAAAAAGUGGGGUGAGUCUGCCUAAAAGGCCUACCAGCUUUUGGGAUCAUGACACCGUGAAAAUAUUUUGUGGCAGAUUGUUGCAGAAUGUUCCCUCCAUCAACGUCUCUCAUGAUGAAACUAUUCUCCAUGGUGGAGUGUUAUGUUUUCUUUUUCUACCGGUUUCUUCCAUUGUAAACAGCAUUAGCGUACCUGUUGUUGCCUCAGAAUAUUAGACGUGUACCAUGCCUUUAUGAGCAUCUCUGUGCUUCGACCACAGCCGGCUUCAUUGCCUCAGCGCUGCCUUGCCUUUUGGGCGACUCACCCCCUCCACAAUCCUGACUGACUGAGUGAGUGAGUGAGAUGUGACUGCUACUAUAGGCUUAUACAAUACUGUACAUAAGAGUUCACUCUGUGAGUGCACAUUUGAUAAAGUUUAUUUAUUUAUAUGUAAGCAUUUAAUAAUAAAACAGACAAUAUAUUUAAAACCUUGGCAAGACCUGACAUGUCGGGGAAUAUGUGGCAUCAGUCCACACGUACACACUAGUUGGCAAAGUCUUGCCCUGUGUUCUUGUCAGGGAGGGAAUAUUUUAAAAAAAUAAGGAUGGUUCUGUUGUUUUGGGACUUUUUUUUGUAAAAAUAAUCCAGACAUCCUUUGCAUGACGACAUUACGAGGGGUUCCAGGUUUGGCUGCACUUGAGUUCACUUGGGUUUACAUUUGAAA